GAAAGGAUCCUGAACCAGGAAGUCCCGAGAGUUAACAUGGCUUCGAAAGAACAGGUCGAGAGUUUAACCGAGGAGGUAAUUUGUCCCAUCUGCCUGGAUUUCUUCACCGAGCCGGUGUCACUGGAGUGUGGUCACUACUUCUGCCGCUCCUGUAUCACACGGUGUUGGGAAAGGGAGGAGAGAAACUUCUGCCCGGAAUGUAGAGAGGAGUUUGCAGACCGCAGCCUCACGGUCAAUCGGGUUUUAGCAAAUCUGUCUGAGAAAGUUCGAAAACUAAACCUGAAUCCGAAAGAGAAGGAAAGUAAACUUCGCUGCGAGGAACAUGAGGAAGAACUGAAGCUGUUCUGUGAGACGGACAAGACACUGAUCUGUCUGAUCUGUAGAGAUGCACUGGAACACAAGUCUCACAACUUCAUGCCGAUUAAAGAAGCCGUUAAAAUUUACAAGGAUCGGGUUAAAUCUUCCUUAGACUCUCUCACAAAAAAGAAAUCAGACUUUCAGGAAAUGAAGCAGGAACAGAAAGAGAAGAUUGCUGGAGUUCGGGAACAGUCACAAAGCGUUCAGUCUCACAUCACAUCCCAGUUUGCUGAACCGCGCCGGAUUAUCACCGAGAAAGAGCAGCACGCGCUCCGAGAUCUCAGGGAAGAAGAGGAGAGGAUUCUAAAUCCAAUGGAGAAAAAUCUUCAAGUAAUUCAAGAGAAUUUAAAUUCCAUCCAGGAAGAAAUCUCAAAGUUACAGGAACAGAUGGAUCAACAAGACAAUAUCAUAUUCCUCAUGAUGCUGGGGCCAAAACAACACUCACAACACGCUGGAGGAACUCAGCAGGUCGGGCAGCAUCCAUGGAAAAGAUCGGUCGACGUUUCGGGCCGGAACCUUUCGUCAGGACUGAAGAGGGAAGGAGUGGUCUCCAGCCCCUCGGAGGAAGCUCGUCGGAAGAGAAGGAUCAGUGACAAUAGCCGGGCAUUGUCAGUGAGAGGUGGUGCCCUACUGGUUGAAAAAUUCGAUCACCCCUAUUUGCUUGACAUAGUGUCGGAAGAAGUGAUUGACAGCAUUAAACAAGUCUCUGUCACCCUGGAUGUGGAAACGGCGAGUCCGUGGCUCGAGGUGUCUGAGGAUCGGAAGAGUGUGAGACGGACCGGGACCCGGAGGGAUCUCCCUGACACCGGGAAGAGGUUCACAGUCUGGCGUUGUGUGCUGGGAUCGGAGGGAUUCACAUCGGGGAGACAUUACUGGGAGGUGGAGGUGACGGGGAAUCGGCGCUGGGGUCUGGGAGUCGCCGCAGAGUCUGUGGAGAGGAAGGGACGGGUCACACGGAGUCCGGGGACCGGAUUCUGGAUCAUCGGGCGGGUUAAUGACGAGAUGUGGGUUCUCACCUCCCCUGAGUCCCGUCUCCCUGCCGGUCCCUUCCCCGGGAGGGUGGGAGUUUAUCUCCGUUACCAGUCCGGGACAGUUUCAUUUUACAACGCGGAGACCAAGUCCCAUCUCCACACCUUCACUGGGAAUAAAUUCACGGAGAAACUUUAUCCUUACUUCGUGACUGUAUAUCCAAACGAGUGGCUGAGAAUCUGCUCCGGAUCCUCUCCGGGUCUGUAAACGGGUCGGGUCCGGGACCGGCGUCAGGAGUAAGUCAGUGUAAAUAUAAAUGUGCGGAGAGUGAAAUAAACACGAUGUGAGAAUUAUCGAUCCAUUAAUUUUAACUCGUUCACCGCAUCCGUCAACGGAACAGAAGCACCGCGGAUUCAGCAGUAGCCGCGGGC